AUGAAAGGACGGGAAAAAUCUGUGACCUGCAUUUUAAUCCUCAACCUGGCAAUUGCUGAUGGGACCAUUCUUCUCCUUACCCCAUUCUUUAUUACCUUCUUGGUGCAGAAGAGCUGGAGUUUUGGUCGAGCUGUUUGCAAAGUGGCCUAUUAUCUUUGUUGCCUUAACAUGUACGCUAGCAUUUUUAUUAUAGCAAUAAUGAGUAUGGACCGGUUCCUAGCCGUCUUUCGGCCAUACAUGGCUCAGUCUCUCCGUAAAAGGGAGGUUGUAACAAAAGUUCUGUUGGCCAUUUGGCUGUUGGCUGGUGCUUUGGCAAUCCCUGCUUUUGCCUAUCGAGAAGUAAUUGAAAAUAAAAAACUCAACUUUAGUAUUUGUGAACCUUGCCAUGCCAGCCCUGGAGACUCAAUAUUCCACUACACAUUUGAGACCUUGGUGGCAUUCCUGCUUCCUUUCCCCAUCGUAUGUGUCAGCUAUGUCUUAGUUUUGGGGAAACUAAAGUCAAGCCGAUUUGAACAGAGGUCACGGAUAGAAAAGUUGAUUGCAGCCAUAAUAGUGACUUUUGCUGUUCUUUGGCUCCCUUAUCAUGUGGUCAAUGUAAUACAAGUUGUUUCAAAUUUGACCACUGGAAAUUUAUCUCAGAAACUGAAAUAUGCCACUAAAGUGAGCCGAGCUGGAGUUACAGCCUUGGCUUUCUUCAGUGCCUGUGUUAACCCACUGCUCUAUGCAUUUGCAGCUUCAGACCUCUUUAAGAUCUUUGGGGUCGGCUUUGUGGCAAAACUUCUUGAGGGAACUGUGGCAGAAAUUCAGAAAAGAGUAAAGUCGCAACGAGAUCUAGUUAAGGGUCUUGUUAGGAUUGGAAGUCGGGGGGAGUCAGUCAAUAUGGAGGCAAAGAACGGGUUGAAAGAAGUAGCCUACAAUGGGGAACUAGAUGUUUUUGCACAAGCAUCUGACUCCUAA